GGGUUCGGGAAACGCCAUCUUUAAACCCCAGAAGAGAAACCACCAUUGAACGCCGGGGAUCAACGACGUAGUCAGUGCCCGAGUCGGGUUUAAAUUCUGCGGGCAUCAUCUGCUUAUUGGCCGGAGGAAAAAAUAUAUCUAAUCAACGAAUUGAAGGAAUUGUAAGAUCGCAACUAAACCACAAUCCAUGCUCUUGAAUUUGUCAUUUUAGAAAAGCUAUAGACGGAAACAACAAUAGACUGAAGACAACGAACGAGCAAUCAAGGCGUUGUUAUUGAGCUAGUGGUGGCGCUAACAUUAGCUAGCUAGCUAGCUGUUUUCCAUAGCUUACUUAUUAGCUAGCUAAGUUACCCUGCUUUGAAGGCGCAGUGACAUUCAGACAGCGUUGUUUUUGCGAUACUUCGUAUCUUCCCUUUGUUGCCACUUGCUCGGCUUGAGUUGGAUUCGACUGCGUGACUGCAGUUGUUGGCAAGUCCCGACACCACCCUCCCCAGCGACUCAGCCGGAGAUGCGUGGAAGAUGUCGGUUUCGGGGCUGAAGGCCGAACUGAAGUUUCUGGAGUCCAUUUUUGAUCCAAACCACGAACGCUUCAGAAUCAUUGACUGGAAACCUGAUGAGCUAAGCUGUCAAUUUAACGUCACGGGAGAAAAACUGUUGAUUAUCCAUUGCAACAUUACGGAGUCUUAUCCCUCCACACCUCCAAUCUGGUUCGUGGAGUCUGAUGACCCAAGUCUGACACAAGUGUUGGAGCGUCUGGAGGAGGUCAGAAAAGGCAGCACCCUGCUCCUGCAACAGCUGAAGCGGCUCAUCUGUGACCUGUGUCGGCUCUACAACCUGCCCCAGCACCCUGAUGUGGAGAUGCUGGACCAGCCCCUACCCGCCGGCCCGGUAGGACAAGACCGGAAGCAUGGGGUCACAGACGAGGUCACUUCUGAGGAAGAGGAAGAAGAAGAAAUGGGAGAGGACAUAGAAGACCUGGACCACUAUGAGAUGAAAGAGGAAGAGCCAGUGGAUGGGAAGAAGUCUGAAGAUGACGGCAUUGAGAAGGAGAACCUGGCCAUUCUGGAGAAGAUCCGUAAGAACCAGAGACAGGACCACUUGAACGUAAGUGCUCAUUCGGGCGCCGUGUCGGGUUCAGUGCAGGCCUCCGACCGCCUCAUGAAGGAGCUCCGGGAGAUCUACCGGUCCCAGAGUUAUAAGACCGGUAUCUAUUCAGUGGAGCUGGUCAAUGACAGCCUGUAUGAAUGGCAUGUCAAGCUGAGGACGGUAGAUCCAGACAGUCCCUUACACAGCGACCUGCAGGUUUUAAAGGAAAAGGAGGGAAUGGAUUACAUUCUGCUCAACUUUUCAUAUAAAGAUAAUUUCCCCUUUGAUCCUCCAUUUGUGCGCGUGGUUUCCCCCGUGCUGUCUGGAGGUUAUGUUCUGGGUGGGGGUGCCCUGUGCAUGGAACUCCUCACAAAACAGGGCUGGAGCAGUGCCUAUUCCAUAGAGUCUGUCAUCAUGCAGAUCAAUGCCACUUUAGUCAAAGGCAAAGCCAGAGUCCAGUUUGGAGCCAAUAAGAACCAAUACAAUCUCGCCAGAGCACAGCAAUCGUACAAAUCUCUGGUUCAGAUCCAUGAGAAGAAUGGUUGGUACACCCCCCCUAAGGAGGAUGGGUAAGAGCAGCCUCUCCUUGUCUGCACAGGGACCACGUCUCUUAGGGACCCCCCCAAGCUUUUCUUUACCCCUCUAACUGGAAUUGUUUUCAUUGGGAGUUUAACACCCAACCAGUUCCACUCAUUCUGUGACCAUAAGAACCAACCAAUGGGUAAAACCCCCUAACUGAUCAACGACCUCAUCCAAUGCUUAAUAGGGGAUCCCCUGCCCUCUCACUAUUAAGACAUAGCUCCCUUGGUUUUUUUCCUUUGUUAUAAUAUCGCCUGUAAUUCCUUAAACAUUGAAUGGAUUUUGUGCAACUCUCUUACUUACAGUUGGCAAGUGAAGAGGUUAUUUAGUCCCUGUGAUUUGGGGUUAAGGUUGAGGCAUGGCUUUUGCUAGCAACUGAGGCUGCCUUUGUCUGGUGGUGUCAGAAGUGGCCAGUCAUGGUAGUACACUGACAAUGUUUCUAGCCCUGGUCAAAUAUGUUGCCAUGCGAUAAUAAAAAACAGACAUUUCAGUUGCUGGCGUGAUAGCUGGCCACGUUUUCUUCUAGCCUGAAAUGAACUAGCCAUAUGCUAGCAGGCUAGCUUAAUUCCUGGGUGUGUCGCUAGACUGGGACUGAGAUCCUUUGGCCACAGACAGGAACAGAACGGCGUUUCCUGUGGCACAGCGGAGGCAGGGAUGGACAGUUCAACACUGGUGGAGGUAGACGCUCCACCACUCCCCACGGACAGCCUCUGACAUGUCUAUGCUUGUUUCUGUAUAAUGCCAAGAUUCCUCCUGGCAUAAUCUCCUCCUGAGGCUAGUGUCCCUCAACACGCCUGGUUUGCAAAAGCCAAAGGCCUUGGACUGAGAGAUACCGGGCUGUAGAGACUCCUCACCAGGGUGGGACUGGGACAGCUUAAUGGAGGAUAUCCUGUUGAGCACAAGAGUUGGAGGCCACCUCCAACACCACCAACCCCCAAUCUCCUCUCAGGCUGCUUUCGGAGUGUUUGGCUUCUCUCAUCAGCAUUCUGAAAUAUGACCAGGCUUUAGCAAAGGCAAGUUGGAUUUAAUCACUGUAAUGUAGUUGAAUUUAAUGCCACAUGUAAAACUUGUAAAGUUGUAUUUCUGAUGAAUGGUUUUUAAUAUAAAUCUGUGUGAGUUUUGGGAAUUUGUUGAGACUGCAUUAGUAUACCCCUGGCUAUAGCAGGGACAUCUCAAGAUUUUUUUCCGAAAUCUAGAAUAACAACACAUUUGCUUCAUUGAUACUCCAGCAGAACUAAAAAAGGAACAUCCUUAAACCAUGUUUUUAUGUAAAAAAAAACAAAAUAAGACUACUACUGUGCUUUAAUUUUUUUGGUUUUUCUGUAUGAAUUUAAAUACCUUUGUGGUUUCAUCAUAUGUAAAAAAUUUACUCACCAUUCCAGCAACACCUCAGUGGUCCUGUUUUGGCAUUCCAGAUCCACUGACCGAAAACCCCCGUGGCCAACUCCGUUAGCGUUUCAGUCAUUUUAAACCCCUAUACAGUGCCGACCCCUGCUAAAUAUCAGUCAGUGUGUCCACACAGCGCAUGGCUGCAGUGGAUUAGACUACAGAUCACUCAAGAGGAACACUUCUUAGUUUCGGAAGAAGUUGCCCUCCCCUUCUGGUACCUUGUUUUGUAUUUGAUUAAUAACCUAUGACCUGACCUCCAUACGACCUAGGGCACCUGCAAUGGGAGGAGCUUUAUGGUCUGUAACGCCCAACCAUUCUCAGCAGUACCGUACCUGGCUCAUGCCCAGUUUUCGAUACGAUUUGAACGAUAUGCAGAAUACUGUGUUGUGUUAUUGUGGAUAUCUUAAAGGGUGUUUUGUGUGGGUGUUAUCCACGUUGUUAGCAUUCUGUCAUCCCCAAAAACAGCAUAGGAACAGUCUUGUUCCUCGUAAAUAUUCUGCUUUAUAGUUCAAUGCUGUAGGUUAGCCCAAAACUCUUAACAUGACAUCCAGAAGUGUUCCUCAUGUGAAUCUGUGCAAUAACGGGCAUAUAACAUAAGUUCCAUAUACCCUGUUUUUUUGUUAUACCAGCCUCCUGCAUACCCAAAUGCAUCGCAAUUUCCAAAAUGGCUGCAAAAUACUUAUUGACCAAGCUUAAUUUAGAGGACUGUUAGCAACAAAAUUUGUUAAUGCUUACCAAAUGCUCCAAAAUAUGAAUACUUCAAAAUAUGACUGCUACACAUGGAUAUGUAUGAUGACAUGGAUGUUACUUUCCCCUAUGCCCCCCCCCCCCCCAUCCCAGAUAGAACCUCCCUCUCCUCCUGUGUCACUGGAGAUGCAAAUUCAGGAAUAUAUGCUGCAGACACGGCUUUACAAGGGAAACGUCACAAAAUACAGAACAUUUUCUUCCAUUGAUUACUCGUGUACUUCCCAGUUGGUUUCUACUCAUAGGUUACAGUGACCAUUGCUUUGAAGUUUUGGCUGUUGGACACUUUCUAUGUUUCACCUGCCUGAAUAUCUCUAGCUAGUUAUUAAGACUAGUGGUUGGCGAAGUGGAUUGAUGAUGUCGCAUAGUGCCAUGUUACACCAUGUGCUGGCAUGGACAGGAUGGAAACAAAAGCUGUGCCAUUCUCAGAAACCCGUCUCACUGCCCUUGUUAAGCAAAUCAUGUAUUACUAGGAUCUAAAUGAAUACAUACUUUGAUACCUGAGGUUUGUUUGAUCUAAUACAUUUUGUCAUACUCAGAUGGUUUUGGGUAAUCAAGUAUGUGGAGCAUGUGAUAUCCCAGUAACUUUGAGACCAAAUAUAUUAUAUAUCGAAGUGUCUCUUGAAAUUCCUAAGGGUCUAUGCAUAUUCACAAGGCUACUAUAGCAUCUCACUCUAGUGAAUACACUGGCAACUGAUGUCCAUUCCACUCAUUGGGAAGUACAAAAACAUAUUCCAAUAAUGUAUUUGAUGUAUUUACCAAUUCAAAGAGAGUAAUAGGCGGGUGUAGGAUUGACAGUCUGCCAUUCUGAUCUGAACCAACCCCAUUUUGAAAGUGUAUACACAAGCAUUUCCUCAGUAGGCCUUCAGCUCUCACUGGUCAAAUCUGAACCAUGAUAUUAGAAAUCAAGAGGUGAUGGUCUAUGGCUGCAAAUAUAGAUGCAGUGUUUUAUGCUUCAAAUCACAGAUUGGGCACAUCCUUAACUGCAUGUAGCUCAUAAUCAUGUAUAUUAAGAUAUUUUAAAGCAACACCAUAGUAGUUCUCUAUUAGUUUGAACAUUAAAUGUAUUUCAGUAUGUCUUAAAUGUAUGCCUGUGGGUUUAUGUAGCAUCUUCAUCUUGUAAUGCAGUCAACUCCAUUUUAAUUUGUCACGUUAUUACCGUUUUAAAAAUUGCAAAUUUGGCAAAAUAUGGCAACUUGGAAGUUACCGACCGUGGCCCAGAAAUAAUCCUCCAUUGUGUAUAGUUAAGAUUUGUACAUAAAGUCACCAGGAAGGAGACAAAAUAAUCCUACAAGGCACUUUGCUGUUUUCUGAGUGGUUUGAGUCAGCCAUUAAAUGUUUUCAAGUGCGUCUUCGGUAACAAUGGCUUUGGGUAACAGCUCUGACAUUUAACAUUUAAUGUACAAAGUUUUAAACUAUGAAUAUAGCCGUAAAAUGGCUUUAUUAAACAGGCAGGGUAGUUGUAAUCCAGGAAAUCUUUUCAUCCCGUAACUCUUGUGUUAGUUGUGGACAACCUUCACUCUGUAAUGACUAGGGUGUAGACAAGACAGUACAGGUUUGUUGGGUUGGAUCAUUUCAUUUUGUUCACGCAGGUUGGUAGAGGUUCCUUUGUAAAGCCCAUAUCUAGUGUGUUUCUAAAGGAUAACACUCCAACACUGUGCUGUUUAAAAUAUACACUCCCAAAUGUAUUUUUCUCAAAUUAAAUAGGAAAACAAAUUAUGUACUAUUCUUUCUACCCCGGAGCAAGACCAUGACUUUACGGUUUUGAACACCGUCAUCAAAUGGGCCUUUUCUGUUUAAGGCCCAAUGUCUGUAAUUUAAUGUCAAUUGUGCAGUGAAUUACAGCUUAUUUUACACAGAUCCAAACCAAGUUGUCUGACUAACAACCUAGUACUUUGGGACAUUUUGGUUUAAGACCUGAAACUAAUUAUGGGUUCCUUUUUAUAGCCUCAUUUUGUGGUGGGCGGAUUAUAAAGUCAUGCACUGUUAGCAUGCUUUGGUUUUAUUUUUAUUUUUUUCAUUGGAAGGGUAAUUUUGACCAUGUAUAGUGAUUUGUAAACUUGCAUCAAGUUUAUGAAUAAAGAAUUUUAUGAAA